UUAUAUUUUUUUCUUCUGCAGAUAUCUGACUGGAAGAUUGAUUUCACAAUCUCUGGUAGCACAGACAAGGAAGGGUGGCAAUAUGCAAAAGAGUUCAAACAUGAUACCCCUAGCAGUCUAAUCCUUCUGGGAUUAGCACUCUUUCCUAUUCCCAUGAAAAUGCCAGGCAUAGUUCAGGAUGAUGCAAGCACCAAGGCAUUUCAUAAGGAUAGAAGAUGGAACGACUAUGUGAGAAGAAGGUCUACAGUUGCCACACUCCACCCAGUUGUAGUAAGUGGUUACUUGGUGGUUCUCGAAUGCAUACAUUUUUGUGUUUCUUUAUUUAAUGACUAUCUUUAUACUUGCAGGAGAUGUCAAAUAAAGACGUCAGGUCCAUGGAAACAAAUGCCGAACCUUGGACUCAAAGAUGUCUCCCUACAGGUUGAUACGGACGAAGAAUGGGAUGGACCCAUUGCAUUGUGGGCCAUCGGAACCAACGGUGAUGUCGUGACAAGGCUAGGGGUGACAAGGGCGUGUCCUGAGGGUACAGCAUGGAUGCAUGUACCUACAGAUCAACCAUUCCAAUCCAUCUCGGUCGGAGGAAAGUUCAGAGUCUGGGCUGUGGCUCGGGAUGGCUCAGCGUUUUAUCGUAACAGAGUCAGUGAUUACAAUCGUACAGGAGAUACAUGGUUUCAUAUUGCUCCACCGUCAGUCGCCCCUUUGAAACAGAUUUCGGCUGGCAAGUGCUCUGUAUGGGCUAUUGAUACACAAAUGAACCUAUGGUAUCGUCAGGACAUCACUCCGACCUUCCCAGAAGGCACCAAGUGGAUCCACGUUAGUUCUAGGGUCCGUAAAGUAUCCCUUGGCCCUCAAGAUCAGGUAUGGGUGAUAGCUGAUCAGGUAGAUGGGGCCCGUGGUGUUGUAUGUCGACGAGACGGGAUUGCAUCGGCUAAACCCAUGGGUAAAGCAUGGGAUAAAGGAGCAGGGGGAGGUAUCAUGCAUCUGUGUAUACGAGGCUGCACCAAGGAACUAGAGAGGGCCCCGUCGGUAGAAGAUAUUGCCAUGGCAACCAUUCAAGGAAGUGCACUGGACACCAAGAAGAAGGAGGACCCUGUGAGGCCAUACACCAGCUCGGAUGGAAACGCUCUCUGUUAACCAUGAUUAUCUCUGAAACAUGUGAUUAAAAUUUAAGUCUGUCAGUUCAAAGAAGGAGCCAUAUUGGUUGAUCCAUAAAAUGCAGUCAUUUGGAUCACCAAUCACAACCUUUGGUUCUCUUACACAUGAUAACAUGUCGAUUUAUUGAAAUCUGAGUGACUAUCCAGUGAGUGCAGGCAAUUGCACCCCUCUAAAAAUCAACCAGGUCUAAGCACGGUAUCCAGCGUAGUCUAUCAGAUUGUUUCUUAUUGGUUAAUCAAUGGCACUCCUCCUAGGAUCAUCCAAUCACAACAUUUCUUUCUGCCGUAACCUGUCAGUAGACUGUUCCUGAUUGGUUUAUCAGUAAGAUACAGUCGGUUGUACUCUUAGAAUGAACCAAUCAUAUGCAAAGUUCAUCUUUAAUCUGUCAGAUAGAUUCUGAUUGGAUGAUUAGUGAGGUGCAAUCAGUUGCAAUCUUCCUAGAAGCAACAAACCACAGUCAAGCAUCAAUAAAAUUUGAUCAGAAUUUUUCAUGAUGCGACUACCAGAAAACUGUGACAUGACUAGAAAUAAAGUUACAUGAAUCCAGUGGUAUAUUGAAAAGGUCUAGUUUUAGGAACCUACCACCAGAUGAAGAAAAAUGGCCUUUAACAAAUGAAUUUUUAAUUUAAAUUCCAUAUAUAUUCAUUUUCUAGACUUGAUAAAUAUUUUUACGUAAUUCAAAAUUAAUUUGAUCAUCAUAUCUGUUGAUUUGAGAAUAUCUCCCUCUGUGACAUUAUGAAAAUAGCGCUACAUUUUCAUUUCUUACAAAGAAGUUACAGAACCUAUGACUGUUAAAUUUUACCUACGAUAACUGAAAGAUAUAUUUUAACACUUGCCAAGUUUCACUGACUUUGCAACAAGUCUGCAUAAGGGCUUUCCUGCCGUUAAUGUAAACAAUAAAAAAGAGUAUACUUUUUUCUUCAUGAACAACAUUAUGGUCACAAAAUGUACCUUUGUUAUGUGUUGUGUGUUAUCAGUUAUGAAAAAUUACCUGUAGUAAGCACAAGUACAUGUACAUGUCCCAGUUUUCUACACAGGACGGUCACAGUAAUAAAUAUUGUAGAAAGUAAAUUAUUAAGAAACAUACCUGAACCAUUACGGUGAUAUCUAUGUUAUAUAGAUAAUAUAAUAUUAUCUAACACAAUAAAUUAAACUAUGCAAGGCAAACGUAAAAUUAAUCUGCGAGAAAUAGAUAUGAAUAAAUGAUUAAAUGUGAAUGAAAUUUACACGGGAGGAAUAUAGGUAUGAUUUAAUGAUACUGAUUUUAUUGUUUGUUUUACAGCCAAGGAAGAAAAGAGUAACUAUUAACCAAAUACAACCAACUGCUUGCCAAUUGUUUUUAGUUUAAUAAAAUGCUUAUAAUGAUACUGAUUUUUAUUGUGACUAGUAGAAAAUAGGACCAUGUCAUUUCAAUGUCAUGUUGCAUAUUACUUGGGCUACAUAGUAUGCAUCAAGAAGUGCAGGUGUAGUUGUAAGUUAUUUUGAAAUUUGCAACAUAUUUUAUUACCUCUAUCUUUUAAAAUACUUUUAUAAUAUAGAAGUACAGUGCAUAUCAUUAUAAUGACUUCUGUUUUGUUAUAUUUUUUAUGAAAGGGAGUUUCAUUUCAUUACUUUUUAAUAAGAUUCAAUACACUUUGAGAGGGAAUUUUUAAAAUAACACUACUCAUUUGACUUUGCACUUCAAUUGUAGGAUAUAUUUUGUCAACACUCCUGCAGAAGUUAAAAUAUAUAGUUAUUGAAGAAAAAUCUAUAGUCGUUAAUCGAUUUCUAUGUCUACUUAUUUUAGUCUAAAUGAAAGUUCACAAUUUUAAUUUUUUUUAAAUAUAAAUUCAGAAGAAACAAAACAAAAGAUGUUGAAUUUACGCAUUUUGUUUUGCCUUUUAAGCAUGUUAAACCCCUGUUGCAGUAAUAUCAUGAUGAAUACUUGACUAAAAUAAUUGAUGAAAAUUUAAACUUCAGUAUACUUGAAUGAAGCAAAUAUAUAUAUAUAUAUAUAUAUAUAUAUAUGGAUUUUAGGUAACUAAAAUUUUACUUCAUUGGUGCUACUUUUUGAUGUCACGUUGUCUUCCAUCACUUUGAAAACAAUCAAAAGUUUGUGAGUUAUUUUCUAUACCAGAAAAUAUGAAAAGAUUCCCACUUUCCUUGUAUUCAUACACCAAACAUAAUCUACUUUUUAUGUCUCACUGUAUUUCAGUUUUUAUUUUGUAGAAAUUACAGAAAUAUCUAUACACAUGUUCUGUCCUUUAUUAUUAUUUGUACAAAUGUAUACAUGUAGAGUAUAACCUGUCUUAGUGGCCACUUCUCUAUAGUGGCCAGUUUUCUUGUUUGCGUUGGGUGGCCUUUAAAGACAGGUUUGACUGUACUUAUGUACAGUUUCAUUAGUUUUGAACUAGUGUACUUGUACAUUGUAUGUGUACAUGUAGUUCUGUAAUUUUUGUUCGAUAGAACUUGUUUUCUUCUUAAGGUUCUAAUAUUGAAGCUGAUUGAAAUUGUCCUUUAAAAUGUACGAAGGUACAAGUCAUAGAAAGUACUUUAGUGCAGUGUACAGUUUCAAUACAAAACAAAUUUAGUUUUGAGAUGCUCAUGCGGAAACGAUAAAAGAAGGAUGUAAAGAAAGAUUUGUAAAAUACAAGUGCAUAUAAUUAUUUUGAAAAUAAGGUAAAUGCUAGAAAUUACAUGUUUAUUGACACAUGUAAAUUAAAGUGCAAUAUUUUCAUGCUGGGUCUUUAUAAAUUAUGUACAUGAAACUUUAACAGUAUCAUAUUUUUAUGUUGAAUAGUAGAUUGUAUUACAUAAAAUGAUGACAUCAGCUGAUGAAAUACUUAUAAGAUUAGAUAUCUGCCACUUUAAAGAGUUGAUUUAUAUUCCAACCAAUAAAAAAGUGCAAUAAUAAUUGUUAUUUCAUGCGUAGCCCUUAGUUUUUGAAUUAAAUGUGUCCCAUAUUUCUAUAGUGAUUGUUCAUCUCAGUUACUGUAUAUUCAAUGAUUAUUGUUAUGUAUACUAGUUUUUAUGUACUUUGGAUUAUUCCAGUAAAAUUUGGAUUAUGCUUUCGUGAUUUGCAAUCAGUGCGAUUUUCAGUUGUAGUAGUGUGUUGGUUCUCGGUUAUUCAAGUAGGACUAAUUUUUCAUUAACUCUUUUCGAGAAAAAAAUUGUGACAAUGUUGUUUACUCUUUAUAGAUAAAUUUCAUCUCUUUUCAGAAAUCUAUUGAUUAAUCUCUGUGACUCUUUAAUAGAUCAAACAAUAAAGUUCUGAGAGGAAGUAUCAAAAAUUGAUUAAGAAUAAACCAUAUUGUCCCAAUCAUGUCUUGAAAAAGGGUAAACCUACAAAGAACAAUUAUUCCUACUUCAUGGGAAACAGUGUAUAUUUACAACUAAUUUAUAUACAGGUAUGCUACUUAAUUACACAUGCCAUUGUCUUAAGUAUUCCUUUUCUGUCUCUGUUGCUUUCUUUUUGUUACUUUCUCUGAAAUUGUCGCUGUGUACGACGGCCUUGAAAUUUGGAUCAUUGUGUGGUAGUUUUUUAGUCUUUUAUUUAUAUGUACACAUGUAAAAAAAUAUAUUUACCCUAAGUACAAGUACAGUGUGGAAGUAGGCAAAUUGUAGUUAAAUUUCUCCAACUUUAAUAAGUUGAUAAACAGUAGAACUUUUGUAAGUGAGGCCCUUUAGGAGAAAAUAAUGGAUGACAGGGAUCUUUGUUUGCUUUCAAUUGAUUUGCUAUACCAUUAUUCAGGUGGAAUUCAAAAUAUUCUGUAUGUUUUAUUUUCCAUUUUUAACCUCUUUUAAAAGAAGAGUGAUUUUAUGUUUACAGUCAUCGUUUGUUGUUUUUAUUUCUGUAAAAUAAAAUUAAACAAAAUACAUACAAAGUAAUCAAUAUGAUCAUACAGAGAAAAAAGGAAAUAAAUACGGUUGGUAGCCCAUUUUCAGCUGCAACUAUAUUGUUGCCGCUGGUCUUCCAUGGGGCCACUUUAGUGUUUUCUGUUUCAUCAAUGUCGUUGUGUUUAUUGAAUGUCUACUUUUCUUUAUUGUAUUAUAAAAAUUAUCAUUAUUUAUAACAUACUCUUAAAAGUCACUAAAACCAUGUACAUGUACACAAUUGUGAUAGGCGCACCUGUCUUUCUUUCAAAAGUCGAGUGACUCGAAAGGAAUUUAAAAUAUUCCCCUCAAAUUAAGAUAUCCUCAUCUUGUCAAAACAGAUAUUUUUUGUAAUGAUUUUUAAUGUUGAUUUUAAAAGCUAGAGUUACGGAAAAUCAAUAAUCUGAACCUGUUCUUCUCUGUAAUUUAGAUAUUUCCCUCAAUUUAAGAUAUCCUCAUCCUUUCGAAAAAUGAUUAUAAUUGUAAUGAUUUUUAAUAAUGAUUUAAAACCUAUAGUUAUGGAAAUCAAUAUUGUGAAACUGUCGUUCUCUGUUAUAAUCUGUAUUAAUGUCAACACUUCGCCUACGCGUAACGAGGUGCUUGACUCAUGUACUUGAGUCAAAUGUAAUUUUCUGGAAAAUAUAUCAUGUUUUGUUUUGUACUGAUUAUUCAACUCUAUGCAUGACAUGAAGUGAUUCUAACUUGCCUAUAAUUAUGAAAAUAAUAAAAGUAGAACUCUGAAAAAAUGAGCAGAA